CUAAGCAUGUUCAAUUGAAAUUGUCAGUUGCGCCGCCGGACAGACCAGUUUCGAAAAAAGCGUGUAAAAGCUACUGCCAUCAGUACCCACAGUGUUGUGUGUGUAUUUGCGCGCGCGAAACACGUACCUUCGUAUGUCCUUCUCCUGUCGUAUCCCACAGGAGAAGUGCCAGAGAAACGAAAAGUGCAUCCAAGGACAAAGUGUGUGGUUGAAUAAAGAAGUCAGCCAGAGUUACAAGGAUGACGGACUUUCGCGAGAGAUACAAGAGAGUAGGCAUCGGCCGUGAGGAUAUGGCGGCGAACCGGGCGCUUAGGAGUCAGCGACGCGAUGAAGCUCGCCGUGAUGCACGUACGGAACACUUCAGCAUGCGAAGGGACAUGGAAGAGGAUGUGCAGGACGACGAGGAUGACAACGUUGCUCGAGAGGAGGCAAAACAGAACGAUGAGAGGCUCAACUCCGUGGAGGAGAGCAAGAAGAAAGCCGACGAAGAUCUAGAGAGAGGAGUAAAACAACGAUUACUAGAACUAGAAAAGUGGAGAGAAGAAAGGAAUCGCCGCAGGCUCCAAGAAAAGAAGCGAGCUAAACCAGCGUUCAAAGUUGGUGUUGUUCACCAUCGGGUAUACUCUCCACCCCUCACAAAGGAUCCAGUUCCUCCACCACCAGCCAAGCUUUGUAAAUCUAAAGAGAUUCACCAUCACAAUCCAGAACCACCACCAAAAAGAGUUACCAGAGCAACUGAGAAAAGGUUGGCAGUUAAAGCAGUGAGCAGUAAACAGAAACGAGAAGAUCUGAGAACUAAAAAGAAAGACAAAGAAAAAGUCCAGCCAAAAAUUAAGAAUUCGGAAGAAGAACAAGUACCUCUGGCACCAGACAAUUUCCAGUUCAAGGCUCCCUUGGGAAUCACUGCCAUACCAAUGUUUGGCCGUCAAGCGUUAGACGCCACGAAGAAUAACGAAAAUGUAUCAAAUCCCAGUGACGUAUCAUCUAGUAUCAGCGAGUUUGGCAAGGGUUUGUCAGAUGCUUCAGACUCUGUUUUCCAUACCAAAAACCAUUCAAUCAUUCUUUCAAAAUCGUCCUCUAGACGUUCUAAUUCAAGCGCAAGUAAUUUAUAUUCUUGUGAUUCUUCGAUCGCAAAAAGCUACAACAAUUCAUUGAACGAAUCGUCAGUGGAAGCAGUAACUUUGAAACUGUCUAUGGACGAUCAAGAAAUGUUAGAUGACAAAGAAUCCACUAGUAGAAUAAACUCCACUGUCACGGAUGACAAAAAAUCGAAAAGACGCUCGAGAAUAGUCACACCACCAGAAGCUGCGAUAAGUGCAUGCGAGGAUCAAGAAAUGAAAGAAUUCGAAAGUGAUGUCACUUUUUCGAAAAGUAAUACCAAGUCACCUGCAAUUAGGAGAUCUUCACGAACUAUUACUGAGAAAUCAAAAAGUAUUGAGACACCACCUAAAUCCGCGAGUUUUACAGUUCAAGAUCAUGAGAUGGAAGAUCAAGCAAACAGCCAAACUUUCAAGAGCAUAAGUUUUACAGCAAACACUUCUUCUACAAGGCAGAAGAAAACUAAAUCUCCUGGAAGAAGGAGAACUACAAGAGCUUUUGCAAGAACUCAAGGCAAUGAAUCAAAUCAAAAUGUAGAUACUGUUGAAGAAAUGGAUACUGAUACAUUAGAUGUUGAAAAAAUGAACGAGUCUAAUGAAACAAAGACUAGUCAUAAUGAUUCAGCUAGCUCAGAACAGAAAAUUCAAAUAGAAAAUAGGAGAAGAUCAACAAAAAUAGUACCCGAAGAAAUCACAAAUGCCAGGGACUCUAGUUUCUUGCUUGAGGAUCAGGAAAUGCUAGAGGAUCAAGAAAAUAUCGAUUACAACGCUAAAAAUUUGAUUGACUACAGUAUUUCAGAUCUAAGCAAAGUUCUCUCUCCCAAAAGAAAGUCCAUGCGUUUUGCAGAAGAUUUACAAGACCAGUCCCUUAUGAAGUUCUCCCCGCGUCACUCUAUGCGACCUCAAAUGGUAAAUUCUCCAAAACAAAGUAGCAUGUUUACGGCAAUGUUGACUAACGAGGGUCCGAAAGAAAUUGCAGGUCAAUCUAUCAAAAAAUUACCUACACCAAAGACCGAUAUUACGACUCAUAAUACCUCGGAACCAACCAACCAAAUAAUAUUCGAAAAGAACGACACCCUCAAUCAGAGUUUAAACAUGUCACUCCCUAAAGGUUCGACACCUGACAAACCACCAGCAUUUUUCUCUCCUUAUGUCGUUGCCAGUCGUGGAAAAGAUAGAGUCCGUAAAGAGGUUCAGCGUCGGCGUUUCAGUCAACCUUUGCCAGUGGAAAUUCCAACCAAAGAAACUGUCAUGCAGACAUUGAAUAUCUCCGUAGAGGAAGAGGAGCGUACAGCCCAAUAUUACAAGUUUAUUCUCGAUAAAGAGAUUGAACGGUUGAACGAAAUAUGUGAUACCUGGAAUGUGAUCAAGGACGAUCCUACUACACCCGAAGAUAUCCAUUACGAGAUCCAGGCGGCUGUCGGUCAGACGCAACUGCUCGUCAACAAGAAGUUUGAGCGGUUCCGUGGCCUUGUACUCGAUUGCGAAACUGGCAAGGGCGAGAUGCUCGUUACCUGUAAGGAUCUUCAGGGAUUCUGGGAGAUGAUGUACAUGGAGAUAAAGGACUGUGACAAUCGAUUUAAUAGGUUGGAGGGAAAGAAAGCAAAGAACUGGGUAAUAGAAGAAACUGAGGAAGAGAAGAAAGACAAAAUACCGAAGAAAAAGCCAGUAGCUGCAAAGAAACCUGCAGCGAAGAAAAAGCCUGUGCCUGCAAAAUCCUCGCUUAGGGCCCAUAUUAUGGCUGCGAGGAAGAAGAAGAUGGAGAGUAAAGACAACGAUAUCGACAUUGAGAUGAAGGAGGCACCUGCUGUGCUGCCAGAGAUUGUGGAAGAAGCUGCCAAGGAUGCCAGUACACCACAUAAAAAUAUUCGUCGCAGCACAUCAACGCCAAAGUCCACCAAUAAAUGGCAAUCGUUAUUGAAGAAAGUACAAUUGUCGCAGACUCGAAAGUCCACAACGAGCCCACUGAUUGUGAUGAAACUCAGUCAAAUGUGUAAGACGCCGGAAGUACAGUUAGACGACUCGAUUGUUUACAUCAACUCAGAUCGCACGCCUGCUAAAAGUAUACUAAAGUCAGCGAAAGAAGAACUAAUGGGAGCAGUGGCCAAAUCAGCGAACAAGGUUUUCUUUAAGGAACAACCAACGGAGUUCAGAGAAUUUGAAAGCAAUAUUGAAAGUAAUAAUGAAGAAAUGAACUUGGAUAAUCCAGAGGAAUUUAAGGAACCAAUUGAAAGACGGCUAGACUUUGAGAACGAUAGUUUUAACCAUUCAAACCUGGAAGAGGAAGAUAUGAAAGAUCAGGAAGAAGCCGAGAAACCUGCCGAUUCGCUAAUCACAUCACCGUUAAACACUACCCCCAAAGACCAGUUCAUUAAAAUUCCAAGAAUCGUAGUGACCGAGUCGAGUCCAUUUAUUCCCAUAUCGCAUUUAAGUUUACAAGAUAAGAAGGAACAAAGUCCUGUUAAGAAAAAUGCAAGAACAAAAAAGACGAUAUCGUUUAAAGUCGAUGAAUCCAAUGAGAGCUCCACCCGAAGUUUGAGGACUAGGAAAUUGUCGGCGCCAGGCACGCCUAGACCAAAAUCAAGGAACUCUAAAGUUAUCGACGAUGAAUACGUGAACAUGGACGUGGAUAAUAGCUGUUUAGAUAGUUUUGAAGAUUUUCCUGCCAGUCCCCCACAACAAUCAAAGCAAUUAUACAUGAAUGCGGAAGGUAUUAUUUGUGAAAAAAUUAUAUCUGUACAAAAAGACACACCUAGAACAAGUACAUUAAAACGCGCAAAUUCUGAAGCAAUCCGAAGAAGCACGCGGAGUAAUAAAAUAAAAAACUCGGAAGCAGAGACACCAAGUACCCCAAAACAUAAACGAAGAAACUUUAUAGAAGUCGUAAUAGAUAGUCCGACUACUCCAGUAAAUACAGAUAUGAGUAAAAGUAGAAAGUCAUCCUCAUCUCUGAGACUAAAAAGUCCAAAACCGUCAGAGGUAGAUACAACAUUGACGGAGGGUGACGCGAACACAACUGUUCGGGAAGAGGGAACGCCUAAGUCAAGUAAAAAGACACCUAAAACACGUAGAACCCUGAAAACCAAUAGUUUAGAUUUAGAUGAAAAUGUCCAGGAAACGGCAACAAUUAAAUUGAAAAGAUCGAAAUCAUUGAAUGCGACAAAAGUUAAUGCACUUAGUAACGAAAGUGUCAAAGAGUCUGAAACACCAAGGACAAGAAGAACUACUUCGAGACUUGAUAAAUCGAAACCGACUGUAGAAGAUAGUAAAAUAGAAGUUUUGACUCCCAGCUUAAAAAGAAAACAUUCCAAAAGACUACAAGAAAAUGUAGAAUCUGAUGAACAGCAAGAGACUGAUGAGGACGUAAUUGAUCGUAUCAAAGUAUCAAGGACGCCUAGUAUUAAAAGAAGAAAUUCAAAGAAAUACUUGGAUUCUGUUGAAAAUUGUGAACAACAAAUUGAUAAAAACAGUAAAAAUGAAAUAUUGACACCAAAUACGAGACGAAAAAGUUUGCGGAUUUCCAAGAGUAUACACGAAAAGUGAAGAUCAAAGAUGUUGGAAAUAAGUACUAAAUUAGUAUAAUGAAAAUAAAAAAGAACGUGAGAUUAACACACAAUACGGUAUCUUUAUUCAAAAAUAUUUUUAAAAUAUAUGAUUAUAAAAGUGAGGUAUAACUUAUACAUACUUUUUGAUGAAGAGAUUUUACUGUUUGACAAUCAAACAAAGUUAUCCUAACAUAUUGAUGCUGCAAUUACUUCAAGAUUUAUAUGUACAUAUAUACCGAACUAUUUUGAUAUUGGCAUGUUUUGUUAAUCUCAUGGUCUGGAAUAAUAAUUUUAAACAAAAAUUAUUAUAUCUACUGUUUUUACAAUUUUCUAUAUGUUGUAUACAAUUAUAGUAUAGUUAAAAUAUUUUAUAACAUGAUAGUUACAAUGCCUUAAAAGAAACUUGUUUUUAAUGUAUUUAUAAAAAAUAAAUUUACAAAAUUAACGAA